CCUGCCAUUCGAAUAUUUUUUAAAUCUGUCGCUUUUUCACGUUAGCACAUGUCGGGCAACAUAGACUUGUGUCCUAGAAGUCUGUAUAGGUCAGGUUGUAAUGUGAAUUUCAAUAUUUAUGUUCUAGUUAUAUGGAUAAUUUUUUCCAGAGAACUUGGACUGUUAAGAAAACGGCGCAUUGCGAGUUCAAGCAUAAAUACAAACAAACUUCAAGCAUACCAAUCUUUCUCACAUUUAGUGGUUGUUGAUUUUGAAUCCACCUGCUGGGAAAAUGACAAAACUAAAACCCAGGAAAUUAUUGAAUUUCCAGCGGUUCUUUUAAACACAAAGACAGGAGAAAUAGAGAGUGAGUUUCACUAUUAUAUACAACCACAGGAACAUCCCACUCUUAGUGAUUUCUGCAAGCAGCUGACAGGCAUCACUCAGGAUCAAAUAGACAAUGGUAUACCAAUUAGUCUGUGCCUUCGAAAGUUUUAUCGUUGGCUUGAGCAGCAACAACAAGAAAAGGGGUUUUACUUGUUCGGAAGUCUUUAUAACACUUCAGCAAAAGGUCUGAAUGUUGCAGCAUUUGUGACAUGGUCAGAUUGGGACUUUGGUGUGUGUCUUCACUACGAGCUCAGGCGCAAGCAGAUUUCCAAAGCACCCAUUUUGAACCAUUGGAUUGAUCUCAGAGCCACAUACGUUAAAUUUUAUGGUCGUAAACCCAAAGGGCUGAACGGCGCACUUCAGGAUGUUGGAAUUAAGUUUGAAGGGAGAGAACAUUCUGGUCUUCAUGACUCCAGAAACACUGCCAAGCUGGUGUGGAAAAUGAUCCGUGAUAGCUGUGUGUUAAAGAUCACAAAGUCUCUGUCAAGUGAGUCUGUCACAACAUCACUGCACCCAGGACCUCAGACAACAAAAACUAAAAUAAACUCCCACACAUCUCUCACUGACCCCCAGAAAUUCUAUGAUAACUUGAAAGAAAACUUAUCCAGUAUGACAUUAUUAACAUCUGUAACUUGCUGUCAAGAUCAAGAAGACAAUAGCACGGCAGUGUCUUGUCCAGUGAACCACCAGAAUUUAGGAUUUAAAAAUCAUAUGCAGACCAAAAAGGGACUUUCACUGAGAAAUAUGAAUGCAGCAGGGUCAAACCAGACAUCGUCAUGGAUUUCAAGUAAAAUGCAAAUGGCAGGAAACUGUAAGAAUUAUUUGAUCAGCAACAAAAGAAAACUUGAAAGUCCAGAAAAAACAUGUUGUGACUCAUUAGUUGAAAGCCUCAACUGUAAGAUUUCUAAAAUAGAGAAAGUCACCGUGGCUCCAUCUAUUGAACCUGCAACUGGUCCUUUAAAGAAAUGUGAUAGUGCAUCUGUUUCUGAAACCUCAAUUCUAAACUCAGUUACUCCUAUUUCUUUGCAGCAAGAAAUGAUUGAUAAAAGUCCAUACUCUGGUGCUUGCUCAGUCGCAUCCAUUUCGAAGAAGCCCAAUAAUUCCCUGGAUCGUAAUAUGAUGUUUUCUACAACAGAAACUCCUCUUAGCAGAAGAUGUGAUAACUUGAAGCCUUUUCACUUGUGUGACUGGUCAUCCAGUGCAGCUAAAUCAGAACAAAACACUGAAAGGCAGAGACCGACACACAAAGUACACAGAAAAUCUGUUCAGAUUACAUUACCUAUGUUACAAAGACCAGUAAUAAAAUGGCCUCAAGAAGUGGUGCAACCAACUCCAUUACAGCGUCUUCAAGCCUCGUCUAGCUGGUUAAAAUAUACUCCCCCCUUAUGCCAUUGCGGUAGAAGGGCCAAAAGACGAGUCGUUCAAAAUCCAGGACCAAAUGUUGGACGUUGGUUCUUCUCCUGUGGAAAGGGAACGCCAUCUAACUGCAAAAAGCCAGGCUGCAGUUUUUUUCAGUGGAAGCCAUCAGAGAAUUCAUAGGUUGUCCGCCUGUUCACUGUGGGUGAAGUUAAUGCUAGAAAUUCUGGCAGGAUUGUCUCCGUUUCAACAAUUUUGCAGCCUCCUCCUUCAGCAUCUUGUUCAUUCAGUAUACUACUUCUAUGGUUAAUGAUUGAUGUCAACAACCUUAUAUGUUUUUAAUACCCAACAAAUUUGUGUUCGGAGUAAAAAAGAAGGCUCCUUUUGAAUCAAAUAAAAUAUACAGUUAAUU